CCCACCUCCGUGCAGACAACCAUGUGCGACCCUGCUGACAUGUAACCGUCUAUCGUCAAAUGAGCAUCAUGUACGUGUACUCGUAUGCCUUUACUGCUAUGACUUUGCUUUAUAAUAUCGCCAGCCUACCUUGACUAUCUUGCCCUGCUUUCAUUCUCUCUCCUUCACCCCAGUCUUGACAUCACCAUCUUUCUCCUCCAUCACCGUCCGGGUGCUUCUCACUUUCUCUCUUGUUACCACACUCCCUUGCUUAAUUUUCUAAACCAUCUUCUAAAUGGCCGAUACGAGUACUCCGAGGCCAACGCCUACCAUUCCAUCCGGAGGUUUCUUCAGUGCAUAUGCUGAAGCAACAGUGACGGCCCCGCCUUCGACCGUCUACAAUGCUCUGAUUGAUACGUCCAUUUGGGGAGAUUGGAACAGCUUUGUGCCUUCUGUAACAAUCGUCAAACGGUCUGAUGACGAAGCCGACUCUAUCGACCCCGGGCUCAAAAAAGACAUGGUUCUGAGCUUUGAAGUCAACUGGAUCAUGGACAACAAGGGCAGCUUUACCCCAAAAUUUAUCUUGGUCGCCGAGAGGGUCAACGAAAUCGAGGAUCUGGGUGACGGCACAUGUAUCUACAGGUCGUGGGAGACCUUUUCAGGACUUGCCGCUCGAAUUGUCAAGUGGAAAUUUGGUCAGGCACUCCAGAAGAAUUUCGAGAACUGGGUCACCGGCAUUAAGCAAUACGCCCAGGAGCAGGAGCAGCGAGCGAAAGACCGAGACGCUGCUGUUGAAUUGCCCGCUUGAGAAUUUCCCAUUCUUCGCUGUCUGAUCAACCCUCUCGUGGCAGGAAAUAUCAGCCUCCUGGCGCAGAGUUGAUGUCGAAGAAGCUAUUGAUAGGCGAGGUGGAUUUGGUGCGGGCAUAAU